AUGUAAUGUUUGUAGUGUUAAUAUAUUAUUAUAAUUGAAGAAUUUGAAUUACAUCAUAAAUUUCAAAUUUGGCACAACUUGUUUGUUAAUGUAAAAUCGGAUCAAAUAUUUAUAUAAAUUAAAUCUUUUGACUAAAAAGAUGUAUAUGAAUAUUCUAAUUAACAUAUUGUCAAAUAAUUCACAAAUGUAAAUUUAUAGGUAUUAUAUGGAAAUUUAAAGAAAUCUAUUGAGAAAUUAUUUAGAUAUUUUAACUAUAAAUAAUGUUAUAUUAUAAUUGUUAAUAGAAAUCAGAACAGCAAAAUUGCCAUUAUUAUUGUUAAGAUUAUGAUGGCCCAUCAAAUUUCGAUUUUUUAUCUACACUGA